AAGCUCCCUGAAACGAUAAACCCCACCCCUUCUGCUUCGCCGUUGCCACCCCCUCUGCUUCGCCGUCGCCUUCUGGUUAAGGAGAUCUAAGAGCUCCAGUUUUUUUCAAUCAAAUUUUCGACAAACCAAAGCAAAGAUGAGGCCGAUAUUGAUGAAAGGGCACGAGAGGCCACUCACUUUCCUCAAGUAUAACAGGGAUGGAGAUCUUCUGUUCUCUUGCGCCAAAGAUCAUACCCCCACUGUUUGGUUUGCUGAUAAUGGCGAGCGUCUGGGAACAUACGCUGGCCACAAUGGUGCCGUUUGGUGUUGUGAUGUGUCAAGAGAUUCCACACGAUUGAUUACUGGUAGUGCGGAUCAGUCGGCUAAGCUGUGGGAUGUUCAGAGUGGAACACAACUUUUCACUUUCAAUUUCGAUUCACCUGCUAGAGCUGUUGAUUUUGCUGUUGGUGAUAAGCUUGCUGUUAUCACCACUGACCCUUUUAUGGGUUUGACUUCUGCUAUCCAUGUCAAACGCAUUGCAGCAGACCCUGAUGACCAGGUUGGUGAUUCUGUACUAGUUCUUAAGGGUCCUCAAGGAAGGAUCAAUAGAGCUGUUUGGGGACCUCUGAACAAGACAAUCAUUAGCGCUGGUGAAGAUGCUGUUGUUCGAAUUUGGGAUACAGAGACAGGAAAAUUGCUGCAAGAAAACGACAAGGAAGUUGGUCACAAAAAGACAGUUACAUCACUUGCAAAAUCCACUGAUGGCUCACAUUUUCUCACUGGGUCUCUAGAUAAGUCAGCGAAGUUGUGGGAUAUCAGAUCGUUGACAUUGAUAAAGACGUAUUUUACUGAACGGCCAGUCAAUGCCGUCGCGAUGUCUCCACUUCUUAAUCAUGUGGUGCUUGGAGGUGGCCAGGAUGCUUCCGCUGUUACCACAACCGAUCAUCGUGCUGGUAAAUUUGAAGCCAAGUUUUAUGAUAAGAUUUUACAAGAAGAGAUUGGAGGCGUUAAAGGACAUUUCGGUCCUAUAAAUGCUUUGGCAUUCAACCCUGAUGGGAAAAGUUUCUCAAGUGGAGGUGAAGACGGUUAUGUGAGAUUGCAUCACUUUGAUCCGGACUACUUCAAGAUUCCAUCAAUUUGAUGAGAGAUUUAGGCUUUCUAAAACAUGGUUCAUACAUUCUCAUUCGGUUUUGUAGUAGGGGUUGAGAUUGUAUAAUGUAAUUUAAAGCAUUCUUGAAGAUUAUUGGUUCAGUUUUGGAGAUGACAAAAUGCAGCAGCAGCAGCAGAUGGACACACGAAUCUUUGCAAGCAUAUAGAUAGUUCAUGGUUGUUUUA